CAUAACGACGUCGUUUAAUGUUCUUGGGACAUUUUUUGUGUUAAAAAUACUUUAAAUUGUUAUUAAGUCGCAUAAUAAGGUCAUAUGUCAUUACAUUUCAGUAAGUAAGGCUUUUAUUGUGAAGAGUAACAUAGUUAGGGUGGGCGUUUCGUCACUGUGUCCAGCUUCACGACGCCCUGGAUCAAUACAUGUAGCUUGUUAGCAAUAAAUGCGCUAACAUGGAAGCGUUUGUUGUAAGCUGCAGCUAUCAAUGAUGCUGACAGACUUUCUUGCCGCUGGGUUCCGCUAUGAGUUUAAAUAACGACAGUCUGGUGAGAUUGCAUCACUGACUGGGUGAUGUCCGCCCAACCUCUGCAGCAGUCCAGGGAGGAUUCAGCAGCCUGCUAACUGAGCCAGCCCGGCUAGCUGAUGCUGAUGACUGGCUGUUUCCUGACAUUGAUUUGCAGUGGGAGGCGCCAUGGCCGGUAAGGUGAAGUGGGUGACAGAUAUUGAGAAAUCAGUGCUCAUCAACAACUUUGAGAAGAGGGAAUGGACUCAAGUGACAGAAAACGACGACUGGAAUUUCUACUGGAUGAGCAUCCAGACCAUCAGAAAUGUGUUCAGUGUGGACACCGGCUACCGCCUCUCAGAUGACCAGAUGGUUAACCACUUCCCCAACCACUAUGAGCUGACCAGGAAGGACCUGAUGAUCAAGAACAUCAAACGCUACCGCAAGGAGCUAGAAAAGGAAAGCAGUCCUCUGGCAGAGAAGGAUGAGAAUGGGAAAUACAUUUAUUUAGAUUUUGUCCCGGUGACGUUCAUGCUCCCCUCCGAUUAUAAUCUGUUUGUGGAGGAGUACCGAAAGAACCCAUCCAGCACUUGGAUCAUGAAGCCCUGCGGGAAGGCUCAGGGUAAAGGCAUCUUCCUCAUCAACAAACUGUCUCAGAUCAAAAAGUGGUCCAGAGACAGCCGCACCUCCACGUUUGUGGCAGCAUCUAGUGGCAAGGAAGCCUACGUCAUCUCCCUGUACAUCGACAAUCCUCUGCUGAUAGGAGGGAAGAAGUUUGACCUGCGUCUUUACGUUCUGGUGACCACAUAUCGGCCUCUUAAGUGCUACAUGUACAAGCUUGGCUUCUGCAGGUUCUGCACAGUCAAGUACACACCCAGCACCAGUGAACUGGACAACAUGUUUGUUCACCUCACUAAUGUGGCCAUCCAAAAACAUGGGGAUGACUACAACCACGUCCAUGGAGGCAAGUGGACGGUCAGUAACCUCCGUUUGUACCUAGAGAGCACCAGAGGGAAGGAGGUGACCAACCGACUGUUUGACCAGAUCCACUGGAUCGUGGUGCAGUCACUGAAGGCCGUGGCUCCUGUGAUGAACAACGACAAGCACUGUUUUGAGUGUUACGGGUAUGACAUCAUUAUUGAUGACAAGCUCAAGCCAUGGCUUAUCGAGGUCAACGCCUCUCCCUCGCUGACCUCCAGCACAGCCAACGACCGCAUCUUGAAGUACAACCUCAUCAAUGACACUCUCAACAUUGUCACGCCCAACGGGGACAUCCCGGACUGCCGCUGGAAUCGCAGCCCGCCCCGAGAGGCCCUGGGCAACUAUCAAGUCCUGUACGACGAGGAGCAGGCACAGAGCGAGAAUGCUGAGCGUGACCUGCGGAGUCGUUCGGGUCAGUCCCUGGGGUCAAAGGGCACCAAGGGGAGUGCGGGCGCUCGCCCCACUGCCGCCACAUGGAAGUGA